GGAGAGGCUGGGCCUCCAUCACUUGACAGGAAUGGAGGAGGCCUUAGCUGGGGCCUGCCCUGUCAGAGCUGGGAGGCUGUUGGAGAGUCAUAUUAGCAUUUUUGAGGACGUGAGUCUGCCUCGGGCUCCUUAUAAAUACUGCUUGACUCAGCCAGUGUGCGACUGGCGCCCUUGAGACAUGAAGUGGUUACUGUUCUUUGGGGCUCUUAUUGGGCCGGGCAUCUGCAGCAGAGACAAAUUCUUCGGGGACCAAGUCUUUAGGAUUAAUGUCAGAAAUGGAGACGAGAUCAGAAAACUGACUCAGCUAGUGAAUUCGGACCAGUUUAAGCUCAACGUCUGGAAGUCUCCCUCCACUGUCGAGCGGCCUGUGGACAUUUUAGUCCCCUCUGUCAGUCUGCUGCCAGUCAAGUCCUUCCUGAAGUCCCAGGGCCUAGACUACUCAGUGACAAUCGAAGACCUACAGGCCCUUUUAGAUAAUGAAGACGAAGAAAUGCAACACAACGAAGGACGAGAGCGGAGCGGCAACUUCAACUAUGGGUCUUACCAUUCGCUGGAAGCUAUUUACCACGAGAUGGACAGCAUUGCCACAGAUUUUCCUGACCUGGCAAGCAGAGUGAAGAUCGGAGAGACAUUUGAAAAACGGCCCAUGUACAUUCUGAAGUUCAGCACGGGAGGAGGCAAGAAGCGGCCGGCCAUUUGGCUGAAUGCAGGCAUCCAUUCCCGUGAGUGGAUCUCUCAGGCCACUGCCAUCUGGACGGCGAGGAAGAUUGUGACUGAUUAUCGAAAGGAUCGAGCUGUCACUUCUAUCUUGGAGAAAGUGGAUAUUUUCUUGCUGCCCGUGGCCAACCCUGAUGGAUAUGUGUACACACAAACCCAUAACCGAUUAUGGAGGAAGACGAGGUCCCGGAACCCAGGAAGUCGCUGCAUUGGUGCUGAUCCAAACAGAAACUGGAAUGCAAGUUUCGCAGGAGAGGGGUCCAGCAAUAACCCUUGCUCUGAAGUAUACCAUGGCUCCCACCCCAAUUCUGAAGUGGAGGUGAAAUCAGUGGUGGAUUUUAUUCAAGAGCAUGGCAAUUUCAAAUGCUUCAUCGACCUGCACAGCUACUCACAGCUCCUGAUGUAUCCUUACGGGUACGCGGUCAAAAAGGCCAAAGAUGCUGAGGAGCUGGAUGAUGUGGCGAGGAGUGCAGCCGAAGCCCUGGCUUCCUACUCGGGCACUAAGUAUCAAGUUGGACCAACUUGCACCACCGUCUAUCCAGCUAGUGGGAGCAGCAUCGACUGGGCAUACGACCAUGGCAUCAAGUAUUCAUUCACAUUUGAGCUGAGAGACACCGGGCACUACGGCUUCCUCCUGCCAGCCAGCCAGAUCAUCCCCACUGCGGAGGAGACCUGGCUAGGGCUGAAGACCAUCCUGGAGCACGUGCGGGACAACCUCUACUAGCCAGAGAGCCCU